AUGAUCCUCGUUGCUUCUCGUGUCUCUGGUCUCAGUGCCCUGCGGAGCGCAAGAUGCGCGCACGCCGGACGACGGUUCCUCCAGACGACCCUCCCCGCAGGCGCGAACUCGGCCGAGGCGUACCUUGAACCCAACCAUGACCGUCCUGGAAUCGUCUCUUUACUGCUCAACCGUCCGAAGUCCAAGAACGCGAUCUCCCUGAGGCUGCUCAAGGAGUUGCAGGAGUGCCUGGACACGGUGCAGUUCGACAAGAGCGCACGCGUGCUCAUCGUGCGCUCGUCUACCAUCGGCUCGUUCUGCGCGGGCGCGGACCUCAUCGAGCGCGCGACCAUGUCCAAGGCGCAAGUCGACAAGUUCCUCAUCGACCUCCGCCGCGCCCUCGGCACGCUCGAGAACCUGCCCGUGCCGACCGUCGCGGCGAUCGACGGCCCCGCGCUCGGGGGCGGGCUCGAGAUGGCGCUGGCGUGCGACUUACGCGUCGCCGGCCACGCUGUCACGAAGAUAGGGUUGCCGGAGACGAAGCUGGGCAUCAUCCCCGGGGCGGGCGGGACACAGCGGCUUACGCGUCUCCUGGGGACGGCGAAGGCGAAGGACCUCAUCUUCACCGCGAGGGUCUUGACUGCUCAGCAGGCGCAUGAGCUAGGCGUGGUGGACUACAUCUCUUCUCCUGAAACUACAGGAUAUGACAGGGCAUUGCAACUAGCUGGAGAGAUUAGCUCGAGCGCUCCGUUGGCUCUCCGCGCGGCGAAGCAGGCGAUUUCCCGUGUUCCGGAUCUUGGUUUCGAGUCUGGUCUCGACUUCGAGCGUGCAUCAUACGAGCCUCUGCUUCACUCGAAGGACCGCACAGAAGCUCUGCAAGCGUUCAAGGAGAAGCGGGUACCGGUGUUCAAGGGCGAGUAA